AUGUGUAGAACUGUCAGGCCUCCCUCUGCAGACUACGGAUUACCAGAUCUGCUGCCUUCCUUCGCGACACUCACAUCUGACGAGGAACGGGAAAGGAAAGCUCAGUUGUCCAUUCCCGGCACUUAUACCGUUAUCAUCAUGCCGGAGAGCUUUUCUUAUCUUCCUGGACAUGUCAAUGAACGAUCUGGGGAGCAAUGCAGGAGCUCAACAUCAAGUUCCUUGGUAGAUAGUGGGCAAAGUAGCCAGCGGAAUGACAAUCCAGAAGUGAAUGAUCCAAAUGUCGUCAUACUCAAGACAUUGCCUGACGCUAGGAGAUACUUCUGUCCAGAUCGCAGAGGUUCCACUCAAACGCUGGAGCCUGGUCCUCGAGGCUUCUCAUAUUCACCUACAGCCUCAGUAUAUUCAGCUGAUUCGAGCACUCCAGACAAUUUGUAUACGCAGGGGCAAACCAAAUUGAUGGAUUAUGAGGCGAUACUACUAUCACAUUUUCGCAAUGUGGUAUGGCCCAAACUUGUCCCCCAGGGGACCUGGUUAGAUGGUUCAGACGGCCAUGGACUGGGUGUCGAGGUUUUGGAACAAGAAGCUGCUAUCUGCCCACCUGCCAUGGCUGCCAAGUCAGAUGGGCCGAGCCUCUGGUCUUAUCACAUAUCCCAAAUGCUCGAGAUUACUUUCAUGAGGCAAUCGGCCUUUGGAGUGGAGCGAUUUCCGUUCGUCAUCUGGUGGGUCUGCAACAUUGAUUUUAUUGCCCUUCUCAGCGGUGCAGGUGCAGGAGACUAUGUCAAAACGGUUUUAGAAAGCGACCUGCUCCCCUGGCCCGAGUCUCUUCUUUCCUCUAUCGGCUCUAGUGGAUCCGAUGACAUCGAUUCGCAUGAGCCUGAAAAUCUAACAUUACUGUUGCAGCUGUACAAAGACAUGUUCGGGCUAGCUGUCCAGUUAGGGUUAGUUAUUGCGGACAUGAAAAAGCUGGGUGUAUCAUAUUCAUACCCCCCUAUCAAUCUACAGCAGCGGGGUAUCGACCUACACGAAGAUUUGGGGCGACUUUGGGACGCUUCAGAUAUUCGCUGCUGGGCCGAGAAUCAAACAAGGCUACCAAAACAACAACAAAGGAUUUUGGAGCAGAUCAAUUUACUCUUCCAUACUUCACUUCUCUUUUACUACACUAGCAUAUUUCCUGAGCAGUGCAUUGGCAUCGGCGAAAGACCCGAGCAGAAAGUGCAUCACCAUACGACAAUGAUCUUACAACAUGCAGAGGCGAUGAUCGUGGAUAUCCAAGGUAGCCCUUUGCACUUCAUCAUCUUCCCAUUGUUCCUGGCGGGAGUUGCGGCGGAAACAAUUGAUCUCAAAGUCAAGGCAUGGGAACUGCUCUCAAAUCUAGAGAGAAAUGAGAUAGGAUAUAAUGCGUCUACGACGUGCUAUAUGCUCCAACUCGUGUAUGAAUACCAGAUGCAGCAGCGAUCUUAUAAUGGUGGCAGACCGUUCCCAUGGACUGGCUGGAUUGAACUCUUGACUGAACGUGGCUUUGGGUUCGUUCUUCUUCCCCGGUUCACAAUGAAUCCCAGCAGGGGCCGUCAAGGCAAUUACUCCGACGAGGAACUGUUCAUCCAUACUCCGGGGCGAUCGCCGGUCGAGUCCCCCGUUGUUGGACCGCUGCGGAUUAGCAAGAGAGACACCCCAUCACCUGCACCACAGGGCGCUCCCCUUCCGUACCCUGACGACCGACCAAAUCUCCAGAAAAUGCGCAGCUCAAGUACCAGCCAUUCAAGUCCGACGGUUGAUGGUGGACGUACAGGCGGCUCCCCCACGAAUCCAGACAACAUGUCUUCCAUGCCUGCUGCUAGCACCGGUCCAUCCAGGUCGGACUAUCCGGCGGCUUUACGGCCGCGGGAUGGUCGCGAGCCUAAACCGGCUACUUUGGCAGAACGACGAGGCAAUGUGCCGAAGCCCCUUCCUGAGUCACCCGCGGGUGACCCUCCGGACAAAGACGGGCUGUUUGUAACGAGAUACCAGCGAACUCCUGCUCCACCAGCAUUUGCCAACGGGACCCAGCUUGAUGGGACUGUUCAUCCGAACUACCGUCAGCAGUACUAUCCACCUCCUCAGGCCGCAACCUCGUCAGGACCUUCCGUGAGGCCGCCGGCACAAAGCCUACAGACUCCUAGCAGUGCAAUCAAUCGCAUUAGCUCAACAGCAUCGACGUCGACAACUCGCGCCCAGCGUGGCUCCCCUCCACCUCCAGAAACCCCAAUUGUUGAGCCGGGCCAACAGAGCGCAUCGGACAUUGAGGCACGCUAUGCGGCUUCUGGAAUCGCAGGCACUUCAACACUAGCAGGCUUGCAAGCCCCAAGCUCGGCGGCACAGAGAAGAGCCGAGCAGUAUGUGGGUCAACAACCAACGAGUCAGCCGCCCGUCCAGAGACCAUGGACGCCAACGGAGCAGCCAGGGAGUCAACCUCAUGGACCACCCACAGUAUAUCAAGGCGCGGAAGUUGUGUCUACGGAGAACCUCCCUGGACGUCCUUUCUCUCCCCAAUCUGUCGCAAGCUCAGGGCAGGCAGCGCAAGUUUUGCAUCAUCCAAGGAUCCCGUCAAAUGCUCUGGAACAGGAUCUAGAAAGGAUGCGCAUAAGCUCUUCACCUCCUCCUGCAUACUCCAGCGUAUCCGGUCCGGCCGCGUCCCAAGGUUACCCAAAUGAAAAACAGCGCGCUCAGACAGCCCCAGGUCAUCAGGCUUCAUCAGCGGUGCAUCCCGCGACAAUGGCGCCCAUCAAUGCAGCCACAAAUUCUGCGGCACUCGAAGUUUCGGCUCAGGAUCACCCGGCGUUUGCAAAUGACUCAAGGCAAGAACAACCAGUAGAGCAAUCCUUACAGAAUGGCACGCAAACCGGCGUCCUGGAUGGGCAGCAGCAGACAGUUCAAGAAACUCAAGCUACAGUGUUACCUACCUCUUCGGGAAUCCCACCUGCCUCCCCCCCUCCACUUCCCGAAGGAUGGAUUGCUCAUAUGGACCCCAACUCAGGCCAGUACUAUUACAUUCACCUCCCAACUCAGUCCACUCAGUGGGAAUUCCCCAAGGGGCCCACACCAUUGAACCUCAACGAAACUCCUUUGUCACCGGUAGGAAGCAUAUAUAGCAGCCAUCCUCUCGCUUCACCGGGUUUGUCGGCCUUUGGUAAACCGUUGGCGUCCCCUGGCAUUCCUCUGACUCCAGGUUAUGAGAGUCUACAGUCACCUGUUGUUGCAGGGUUUACUGGUCCUCCACCAAGUAGUGGGGUGGAUUUAUACAAAACUGCACCAACGAAUGGUGUUUACUUUGGACCAUACCUGCGCUAUGUCAAUAUGAAUCUGGAGCAUGGUAUUUGGCUAGGUUCCAUUCUACUCGUUACCGACGCCGCGCAGCCUCCGACGAUUCAUAUCCAUCAGAGCGUUGAUUUGUCACCGAAUCCGCGUCAAUUGAAGGCAUCCGCUAUCGCCGUUCAUCAAAGGUGGACGUUCUACAAGUACGACGUUGACUUGCAGAUGGAAGAAUCCGGCCCCGCAAAAUGGACCUACGCAAUCACGUCACAUCUGGGCUGCACGCGCUACGAAUUCUUGGUCGCUGGUCGACAUGAAACGAAUUGGCGUUUUAUCACAACUUCGGGGAAUGACUUUUCCCUCAACGUAAAUGCUAAUGAGCGGUCUCGUCUUGGGGGGGUGAGUUAUAUGUGGAAGGACAUCAUGCAGAAGCACAAUGAAAUCGGGGGGUUCCAUGCUCAGCUGUGUCUGGGCGGACAGAUCUAUGCGGAUAGAAUGUGGAAGGAGAUCCCUUCGCUCAAACAGUGGCUUGCAAUCCGCGGCAAAGAGGCUAGGAAAAGCAUGCCUUGGACUGCUGCACAUGAGGAAGACGUCUCUCAUGCAUACUUCCAUUACUACACUAGCCACUUCGAUCAGCCUUACCUACGAGAGUCAUUCGCCCAGAUUCCUUAUGUUUGCCAAAUUGAUGAUCAUGACAUAUUUGACGGUUACGGGUCGUACCCUGAACAUAUGCAGUUCUCGAAUAUGUUCAAAAACAUUGGACGCGUUGGGACUGAGAUGUAUCUGCUUUUCCAGCACCAUACCACACUUGAAUUGCUGCGCAAUACUAGCACCGACAUGGAUUUAUUCACCAUUACUGGCACCGGCUGGCAUUUUGUUAAGUUCCUGGGGCCGGCCGUGGUUGUCGUUGGCCUUGAUUGUCGGUCGGAGCGCAACCCACACCAAGUUGUCGCUGGACCUACAUAUCAAGAGACUGCGGAACAUAUUGCAAACACUGUUGCUUCGGGUAAAAGAGCUGUUACGGGUGCAUACAACGUCCUUGGAAAAGUUACGAGCUCUGUGGCGGGCGUGGUUGGCGCAAAGGAAAUGGUAGGUUCUGGAUUCGACUCUGUCAAGCGUGCUGUAGGCAAGUCUGGCCUUAUGGGAGGCAUAUUAAGUCCGUUCGGAGAAUUCGACCUGAUGGACGAGCUCCGAGAUCAGUGGACUCAUGAAUCCAAGGACCUUGAGCGAACGUACCUCAUUCGCACUCUCCAGGGCAUUGCACAUCAGAAGUUUCUCCGUAUGACUUUUCUUUCCGGAUCUGUCAACGUGUGUGGUGCAGGAUUGGUCCACGAUCCAGCCCAUCCUUCUGACUACAAGACCAUGUAUCAAAUCAUAUCGUCCGCGGUUGUGAACAACCCCCCGCCUUCCUAUGUCAUCAAGCUCCUUCACAGCAGCAACAAGCCGCUUUAUGUUCCGGCAAAUGGGCAUCGUUCCUCUCCUUCGCAGCCUACUGAUACGAAGGAGGACAUGAUGGAAAUAUUCCAAACCGACGUCACGGGACAGGCUCGUGAACACCGUAAGCUGAUGGGUCGCCGGAAUUACGCUGCCAUCGUAGCCUAUGAUCCUGAAACUGUCAAUGCGAUGUAUGGCCAAGCACCUGCGGGCCAUGGAGACAGCCUGAAUCUUGCCGUGGAUUUUAUGGUUCAGGGCGACGGAUCCCAUGGGACGGUUGUCAAAUAUGGGCCAGUCAUUAUCCCAAGCUUGGGGCAUGUGAAGUGA